AUGGGUAAAGAUGAGAAGGAGGAUUCCGGUUUUGGAUUCAAGGAUAAAGCCAAGGCUGAAGAGACGCUGAGGUUGUUGGAAGAACAUGAACCUAAUUAUAGAAGAUUGACUGUACGUGGACUCUUGGGAAGAGCGAAGAGAGUAUUGUCGUUGACGAAGGCGGAAGACAAAAUAAAAAAUAUUAAGGAAGCGAUGAAGGUGUUUGAGGACUGGCUGGCGGACCUGGAGAAGAAUAAACCGGAGAAGAAGGAAGAAGAUAGGAAGAGGAAGAGAAGCGCGGAGAAGGAAUCCAGCUCUGACGUAGAGAUGGAGGAUGAGAGUAAGGAGAAGAAAGAAAAAGAAGAAAAGAAAGAAAAGGAAAAGAAAGAGUCCGCGGACACUGUGCCCGGCCUCGGGUUCAAAGAUAAGGAAGCAGCUCAGAACACUCUCAAGCAACUCGAAGGUCGGGACCCCGACUACCAGCAGCUGGCCAUCAAAGGACUCAUACGGAGCGCCAAGAGAGUACUCACGUGCACAAGAGACGAGACCAAGUUGGCCAACAUAAAGAGCUCCAUAGAAAUAUUUGAGAAGUUUCUAGAAGACUUUGAAAGAGAACAUCGCAGUAAACAGAACAACGCGUACAUCAGUCUGGGACUCGUGGAGACUAGUCUAGACCUGGCUGGAGACCGAGUCUCUGAACAACAGCGAGCCUUCAUAGAAGCGUACAGGUCUGUGGGGGGACAGUACAAGAGGUUGAGAACAGUGAAAGGAGAUGAAGAGACUACCUGGGAUAUCAUCAGGAAUAAGGAACUGGCUCUCAUGAAGGAUAAGUACGCCGAUGUCAAAUUAUUUGAUGAUGAUGACAAGCCUACCCACGAACACUUGGACAUGCUGCUAUGGGCCUACUCGCCGGAGAGAGAGAGAGUUAAGAAACUAAUGAGAGAGAAAGAGACGCCAGAUAACGGAGAGAACGGAGAGUCGCCGACCAAGAAGAUGAGGACGGAAUGA